AUGAUUCCGCUCACCGUAAGCUGGUACUGGCCAUUGGGUCUUUGUAUCGAGGCUCCCGGGGCCACCACGACAGGAAAGCGUUUCACGCCCCCUGGAAAAGCAGCAAUGCGCAAUGGCUGCUUCUGUAGUGGGGAGAAUGAUUCGCCCGAGGGCUGGCAUGCACAUUUCAACCAUUCCUCUGCCUCAAGAAUCAAUGCCACGAGCUGGGAUAUCAACGAAGAGGUCGAUGAACAUCGGCCAGGUGGACAACUCAGCUGUGUGGUUCACGACCACUCAUACCACGAUACGCCCGAAGGGGUUGAUAUCUGCCCGGGGUACGUGGAGAAUUCCGUCACCCAAGAGCGCUUCGUUAGGGAUACGGACAUGCUUGAUGAGGAAGCCUUGCAAAGCAACUUGACGUACGACGACAACCCCUUUUCAAGAAAUUUGAUUACUGAGGUCAUCGACUAUAUUGAGGACAUCUUCUCUCUCAGGCAAACGAUCAGAAGCCGUGUGAAGAUGGUUGACUCCUGUGGUGAGCUCUCUGAACUCCUUCAUGUUUGUUUGAGGUCCGGAUGUGAACCUCGGUGGAAAGAACUGCUGGAGCUGUAA